GGAUCACUGCCAAUCAUUCUUACAUCGCGUGUGCACUCGCUUACGCCGAAGCCGUCAAUCAAGAAGCGCACGGGCGACUGCAGGUGCAUAGCUGGACAGUGUGUUAGCCGCAGCAGCGAGGCCGAGGAAACACACUUUUAACGAUGGCGUCUGCGAAUGCUACAUAUGGACAGAAGGAGUCAUCGGACCAAAACUUUGACUACAUGUUUAAAAUCCUCAUCAUUGGCAACAGCAGUGUAGGAAAGACCUCCUUCCUUUUUCGCUAUGCAGAUGACUCAUUCACGCCAGCAUUCGUGAGCACAGUAGGCAUCGACUUCAAGGUGAAGACAAUCUACAGGAACGACAAGAGGAUAAAACUGCAGAUCUGGGACACUGCUGGCCAGGAGCGCUACAGGACAAUCACAACAGCCUACUAUAGAGGAGCGAUGGGCUUCAUACUCAUGUAUGACAUCACAAAUGAGGACUCCUUCAAUGCUGUGCAAGACUGGUCGACACAGAUUAAAACGUACUCGUGGGACAAUGCCCAGGUCUUGUUAGUGGGAAACAAAUGUGACAUGGAGGAUGAGCGAGUGGUGGCUACGGAAAGAGGGCGACAGCUGUCAGAACAGCUGGGUUUUGAACACUUUGAAGCGAGUGCUAAAGACAACAUCAACGUGAAGCAGACGUUCGAGCGGCUGGUGGACAUAAUCUGCGAGAGAAUGUCCGAGAGUCUGGACAACAACGAUCCCUCAGUCACCGGAGCCAAACAAGGACCACAGCUCACCGAGCAGCCACAGCGGUCCCAUCAAGAUUGUGCUUGUUAAACACAGCCGUCCACUCACUGUCCGCUCUUCUCAAGUACAUGCUUCCUCCUAUUUCUUUUUUUUUCUUUCUUUUUUUAUGUUUUUUUCUCUGAUCUGUUUGUCGCAAUGUGAACAAACACAUGCUUGUUGAACACAAACACUGCCGUCACGAAGGCACAAAGCGGCUGCUCCCAAUAUCUAAUCCUCAUGUCGACUUCAGACAGCUGUCCUUCCUCUGAAUAUUGUCACCUCAUUCUCAGACCAAGUCUCUUUCUUAACCCAGGAAUCAGAAGAUAAUCAAACUUAUUUGCAGUGUUCUUGCAAGAAAAUAGUCCAACUUUACAAGCCCCAGUCCACAUUGAAUUCAGCGUUUCACUUGAGAAGCUUUAGGCUCCAUUUCAUGUUGACACACUGAGUUGUUUGUUGCUGUGCAUAGAGAUGCUGUUUUUAAUUUGUUGCGCAUGAGCAUGUGAUUCUACGUUCCAUUUCAGUGUUUAGUUUCUCACGGGGGUUAGACCUUUCUUUAAUGAAUAGACAGUCUGUCUUAGUAAUCCAUAUCAAUUUCUUUUAUCAGUUAAUGUUGGCCGCCUUUCAGAUUUUUUAAUUUUUAUUUCAUUUUAUUUUUUAAUUCCUGCUUUUAUGAGAGUGUUGAUUGAAUUACUCCAGUUUUUUUUAAAAACUGAUUUUCUCAGUAAUGCUUUUAGUUUUUAUUGACAAUAUUUAUUUAAAAAAAUGCAGAACAAUAAUGGAUAAACAAUGUAUAAAUGUUUUAAAGUCACAAUGUAUGCAGUUUACGAUGCAUAUUGAAAUCUAUAUAAAUUAAUAUAUAACAAUGAUGAUUUAUAAGAUUGUGCUUUAGUCAAAGAUGCAUGUUGUUGAAUUUAAAGUUGUCUCUAUGGUUGGUUGUGUUCUACUAGUCUGAGUUCAGUCAAGUUUCUGUCCAACGGUUUGAGGGAGAGUGACAGGUUACAGUGUUGUGCCGUUUUCCUUAUUUUCUAUGGAGAUCUCACUAGCAUCCAGUACGACCUCAUAACCUGUAGACUGCGUCCAAAAAGUCACAUGCUGGAUUUUGCUUUUUAAACCAAGUGUUUUGAUGGUUAAGCCUUGAAAUGCAUUUCCUAAAUGUUGAGAAUAUAUCCGUGCUUGUUUACGUUAGAGACUGUAAACCUACAUCCACGUGACUUCAGUUUGUAAGGCUUGAAACGUCUCUUCAUUUUAUCUGGUUGCAUCCACACAGGCUGGCUCCAUGUCCUGGCUGGAGUGUGUAAAUUGGACAUGCAUAAAACACUACCAUUGUUGAUCAGCAGAUGUUUGAGGAACUGCAUUAAGUAGACAUCUUAAACUUUGCUUCACUUUUAGAGAAGUCAUGAUCCAUUUGAUAAACAAGAGAGGAACAUAGACAAAUGUUUUGAGUGGAGCAUGUGACACUUCAGUGAGUCAUUCAUCAGGGUCAGUUAGUAUGGGAUUGAGCUCAGCACAUUAACAGGGAUUAUCAUCCGGAGUUGUUUUAUUCCAACUAGCUGUUGCUGUUGCUAUUUAAACUGCCGCUGCCCUGUUCAAGUGGCAUGUCUCAUGAUCAUGAGUGUCAACCCAACAUCAAUCUUUGCAGUUCUGCAAAAGAAUACAACUUCCUGUACGUGUAUGCAGUUUAAACCCAAAGGUUCAGCAGAUCAAUGUGGAUGCAGCCUUUUAGUGAUGAUUGCUCUUUAAUUUUGACUGUUGCCGGAGGAUUUUCGUAUCGAGUGUGCUCUCUGUUUUCUAUGAAAUUGUUCUCUAGUAUUCACAUAUUUUCCCAAUUUGAAACUGAAAGUGUCUUGUGUUUACAGUUGAAGGUUGAACGAAUAAGUGAACAUUCCAAAGUCUGUUGGUGCACAGGCAGCUUCUUUCGGCGACUUGAUCUCAAAUAUUAGUUUUGUGUCUAAGCGAUCCACAGGUCGCACCAGCUCUUUGUAUUAAACAUCGGAACUCUGUAGUAUUUCGUGUGCUAAAGGAUUCAAAGUCAUUCCCAAAGAGAUCACAUUGUAAGCCAAAGAGAGCACUUACCAGUUCAGCUGCCUCAUCAAGAAACGGUUUGCUGGUGUUUCAUUUUACCUGUUGUGAAACUGAGUGCUUCAUAUGCUUUUUAUUCUUUAUUUAUUGCGUCCUGUCACUACUUAGAGCCACGCUGAUCCGUCCUCCUAACUCCCCUGUCUAACUCUUGUAUAGGAGUUGUCUGCCCGUCAGGUCUUAGAUGUGUGAAUUGUGCUGUAAUACUGUAAUGCCAGAUUUACGAUAAAUGAGGGAACAAUAAAUGAAAUACUAACCAAAAUAUGUGUCGAUGUCAAU